AUGUCGGACUCAGAGAGCAAGCUGAUCGAUGUGGAGGCCCCGGGACCUCCGGGUCCGGUGGAGCAACACGAGCUGCAAUUGAUGCCGGUGGGCAGUACCAUCGAGGUGCCCAGCCUGGACAGCACACCCAAGUUGUCGAAACGCAACAGUUCGGAGAGGAGUUUGCCCCUAAGGAGCUACAGCAAAUGGUCGCCCACGGAACAGGGAGCCACCUUGGUGUGGAGGGAUCUCUGCGUGUAUACCAAUGUUGGGGGUUCCGGCCAGCGAAUGAAGCGGAUCAUUAACAACUCCACAGGGGCCAUUCAACCGGGCACUCUGAUGGCUUUAAUGGGCUCGAGUGGCUCUGGAAAGACAACACUAAUGUCGACACUUGCCUUUCGACAACCGGCCGGGACCGUGGUUCAAGGCGACAUUCUGAUAAACGGCCGGCGCAUCGGGCCCUUCAUGCACCGCAUCAGCGGCUACGUCUACCAGGAUGACCUCUUUCUUGGAUCUCUGACUGUUCUGGAGCACUUGAACUUUAUGGCCCAUCUUCGCCUGGAUCGUCGGGUGUCCAAAGAGGAACGUCGUCUUAUAAUCAACGAACUUCUGGAGCGAACCGGCCUUCUAUCGGCGGCCCAAACUCGAAUUGGCAGUGGCGAUGACAAGAAGGUUCUUUCGGGGGGAGAACGCAAGCGAUUGGCCUUCGCCGUGGAGCUGCUCAACAAUCCGGUGAUCCUGUUCUGCGAUGAGCCCACCACGGGCCUGGACUCCUACAGUGCCCAACAGCUGGUGGCCACCUUGUACGAGUUGGCCCAAAAGGGCACCACCAUCCUGUGCACCAUUCACCAGCCGAGUUCGCAGCUCUUCGACAACUUCAACAAUGUGAUGCUGCUGGCCGAUGGCAGAGUGGCCUUCACGGGAUCGCCACAGCACGCCCUGAGUUUCUUCGCCAAUCAUGGCUACUACUGCCCGGAGGCAUACAAUCCGGCGGAUUUUCUCAUUGGCGUCCUGGCCACCGAUCCUGGCUAUGAGCAGGCCUCGCAAAGAUCGGCUCAGCACCUUUGUGAUCAGUUUGCCGUCAGUUCGGCGGCCAAGCAGAGGGAUAUGCUGGUGAAUCUGGAGAUCCAUAUGGCCCAGUCGGGCAACUUCCCCUUCGACACGGAGGUAGAGUCCUUCAGGGGCGUGGCCUGGUAUAAACGUUUCCACGUGGUGUGGCUGAGGGCAUCACUUACCCUGUUCAGGGAUCCCACGAUUCAGUGGUUGAGAUUCGUUCAGAAGAUCGCCAUGGCAUUUAUUAUCGGAGCUUGUUUUGCCGGCACCACGGAACCAUCGCAGCUGGGAGUUCAGGCGGUGCAGGGAGCACUUUUCAUCAUGAUAUCGGAGAAUACCUACCAUCCCAUGUACUCCGUGCUUAACCUCUUUCCCCAGGGAUUUCCGCUCUUCAUGAGGGAAACCCGAUCUGGAUUGUAUUCCACGGGACAGUAUUAUACUGCCAAUAUUCUGGCAUUGCUACCUGGAAUGAUAAUUGAGCCCUUUAUAUUCGUGAUAAUCUGCUACUGGCUGACGGGUCUGAGGUCCACCUUCUAUGCCUUCGGAGUGACUGCUAUGAGUGUGGUGCUGGUGAUGAAUGUGGCCACAGCCUGUGGUUGCUUCUUCUCCACGGCUUUUAACUCCGUACCGCUGGCAAUGGCUUAUUUGGUGCCACUGGAUUAUAUAUUUAUGAUCACCUCGGGUAUCUUUAUACAAGUGAACUCCUUACCAGUGGCAUUUUGGUGGACCCAAUUUCUCUCCUGGAUGCUUUAUGCCAAUGAGGCUAUGACCGUUGCUCAGUGGUCGGGAGUGCAGAAUAUAACCUGCUUCCAGGAGAGUGCCGACUUGCCCUGCUUUCACACGGGUCAGGAUGUCUUGGACAAGUACAGCUUCAGCGAGAGCAAUGUCUAUAGGAAUUUACUGGCUAUGGUGGGGCUCUAUUUCGGGUUCCAUUUACUGGGUUACUACUGUCUUUGGCGAAGGGCCCGAAAGCUGUGAGAGCUCUCAGCUCGAGUGCUGUAAAUAUAAUAACUACCAAGCUAUGAAUUCAUCCAAUAAAUAAUUUCUAGAUUUUCCAAAU